CAAAGAACUAAAUUAAAAAUGCGUGCAUUCAUUGUUAUGUGCUUGGUGGCAGUCGCCUGCGCCGAUAAGCUCGGCUACAACUACCAGCCCGUGGGACACUCCAACUCCGGCCUGUCCUUCGCUCCUGGUAGCGGCAGCAUUGGCGGUGGCAGCAUCGGCGGUGGCAGCAUCGGCGGCGGCAGCAUUGGAGGUGGACUUGGAGGACUUGGAGGAAUUGGAGGUGGUCUCGGAGGUGGCAGCAUUGGUGGCGGAUCCCUGGGCGGUGGCAGCAUUGGCGGUGGCAGCAUUGGUGGUGGCAGCCUCGGUGGUCUUGGCGGCCUUGGUGGCCAGUCCGGCGAUUCUCUCAGCGCUCCCGUAUCCUACAACGCCCCUGCCCCAGCUGCCGAGCUCGAGAAGGAGUUCUUCACCUUCACCGCUAACGAACAGGACUUCGAUGAGCCCCAAGCUUUGGAACGCGUCUCUAGCUCUCUGAACAAGGCUCUGCGCGUCGUCUUCAUCAAGGGACCCGAGAACCGUGGUCUGGAGAAUGCUGCCCUGGCCCUGGCCAAGCAGGCUGCCCAGCAGGAGACCGCCAUCUACGUCCUGAACAAGCAGGCCGAUAUCGGAGAUCUGGCCAACAAGCUGAAUGCCAUCCGCAGCAACAACAACAACAAGCCCGAGGUGCACUUCGUCAAGUACCGCACUCCCGAGGACGCUGCCAACGCCCAGCGCGCCAUCCAGGGUCAGUACGAUCAGCUCGGUGGAUCUUCCCAGGCUCACAACGGUGGUGUUGCUCCCGUCCUGAACUUCGCUUCGGCGGGACCAGUGCGUCAGGCUACCGCCCAGAACCCCGACAACUCCUACCUGCCCAGCUCCGUCUUCCGUCGCGUCUAA